AUGUUGCGUCACAAGUAUGUGGCUCGAGUGCAAUUAUUACACAAGGAUUUAAAGCGUCAACAAAUUGAUACAAGCAAUUACUACAAUCACUUGCAGAAGAGAAUUGCUGUGGAAAAACCUGUAGAUUUUCGAAUGAAAACCCCUGAAAAGGUUCAAGUUAGUUCAAUCAACCCUUCCUCUCACGGUCUUCUUCCCGAUUCCUCUCACGGUUACAGCUUACGGCUCAGUUACUUGCCGAGAAGGGAUUACGCCACUCGCUGCCAUAUUCCAGCAAAAAGAUGCAGUGCUUCAUUUGUGUAA